GAGUCAUUCAAAAACUCUUAGAAGAAAAGUGGAAAACAUUUGGACACCGAUUAUUUCUGAGAAGAAUUUUUCAAACAUUAUUCCACUUAUUAAUUAUAAGUAUUGCUAUAUAUUUGCGUCCAUCGAAACAAGAUUUACCAAUUUGUGAAUCAAAUGUCCAAAAAGUGGUUAGAAUAGUUGCUGAAAUCAUAUCAAUUGUUAGUUGUGGCCGAUAUAUAUUUACAAUUAUCAAGGGAUUUUUAAAUAAGAAAAAAUUAAAUAUAAUAAAAAAUCUGAAUUCAAGUCUGCCUCAAAUCAUAUUUCUGUCAUCAAAUAUACUCAUUGUUUUCUGUAUCUUCUGUCGAUUAUUUGAGAGUUCAUACCUCGAAGAAGUACUAUUAAUAUUGGCACUGCCCUCAGCCUGGUUCAUCUUAAUGUUCUUUGCUGCAGCGGUUCGAAUAACGGGUCCUUUUGUAGCAAUGGUUAGGUUUAUGAUAAUGGAAGACAUGCGACAGUUUAGUAUUAUUUAUUUGGUCUUUCUCUACGGAUUCUCACAAGCAUUUUUCUUCCUCCUAAAACAACCUGGACAAGUUGAUGUGAUAAAGCAUUGGAGAUCAUCAAGUCACAGUCAUUAUCAUAGCUCAUGGAUGGAACUGUUUCGCAUGACAUUAGGUGCACACGAGUACGAAGAAAUUCGAAAUUCAUAUUACCAUUGGUUGACUCAAAUGUUUUUCGUGUUAUUCAUGAUAUUAAUGCCAAUACUAUUGCUAAAUAUGUUGAUCGCAAUGAUGGGUAACACCUAUGCACUGGUCAUCUCGGAGUCUGAGAGGGAGUGGACGAUGCAAUGGGCGAAGAUUCUGCUGGAACUGGAGAAAGCGCUGUCACUCAAAGAAUCCAAACUAUUUCUCAGUCAAUACACACUGACUAUUGCUCCGAAGACAGAGUUAGAAAAACCAUUGACUGCACUGAUGGUCAUCAAGAAGAUGUCCACUUCUAAAGCCAAGAAGCGUAAGCUAGCCAUUGAUAACUGGAAGUUAUAA